AUGAAAUCUGUUAUUACCUGUGUCCCAUUACGUGGAAGUGCCAUUAAUAUUCAUCCAAAUGCUCGAUGGGAACAAAAUGGUAUUACAGUGGCUGGAGGAAAUGGAUUAGGCAAUGAAACCAAUCAACUCUACGCCCCAGUGGGUUUGUUUGUUGAUGAUGAGCAGACAAUCUAUGUUGCUGAUUACUCGAAUCAUCGUAUUAUGGAAUGGAAAAGAGGUGCGACAAGUGGUCAAGUGGUUGCCGGUGGAAAUGGACAAGGAAGUGGAACUCAUCAAUUGAAUACCCCAUACGAUGUAAUUGUCGACAAAGAGACUGAUAGUGUCAUUAUAUGCGAUCGUUUAAAUAAAAGAGUAGUUCGAUGGCCUCGUCGAAACGGAACAAGUGGAGAAACAAUCAUCUCCAACAUCCAUUGUUGGGGUUUGACAAUGGACGAAGAUGGAUCACUCUAUGCAGUUGACUAUCUAACAAAUGAAGUGAGACGAUAUCGAAGAGGAGACUCUCAAGGAACAGUGGUGACAGGUGGCAAUGGACCAGAAAAUCGUCUCGAUCAACUUAAUGGCACAACAUUCGUAUUCGUCGAUCAACAUCAAACAGUUUACGUGUCUGAUGAGAACAAUUAUCGUGUGAUGAAAUGGAUGAAAGAUGCAACUCAAAGCAUUGUCGUAGCUGGUAGUCACGGAAAUGGAACUAAUCUUACACAAUUGUCCUAUCCUGGAGGAGUCGUUGUCGAUCCAUUGGGCACUGUCUAUGUGGCUGAUUCAGGAAAUCAUCGAAUCAUGCGUUGGCCCAAAGAAGCCUCCCAAGGCAAUGUCAUUAUUGGUGGAAACGGUUAUGGAGAACAAUCGAAUCAACUCUGGCACCCCUACGGUUUGUCAUUCGAUCGACACGGCAAUCUCUAUGUCGCCGAUCGAUGGAAUCAUCGAGUACAAAAGUUUAACAUUGUCUCAAAUGCUUAA